ACUGCCCUCUGUUUCUCUCUCUAUCAUUCUCUCUCCACCUAUACAUACAUAUAAAUUCACACACACAUCUACACACACUCUCUCCGAAGUCAUAUUCUCGCUCAUCAUCGCCUUCGCAACACUGCUACAGCUAUCUGAUUGAUCGAUUGAAUCAGUUGUGGAGUCUUGGAUGUGAUUAUUCGUUAUCCGGGGCUUAAGCACUGGUAAAUUCUAGUACUCAUUUAAAAGAGGGUUUUGUUGGUCAAGAAUAAAAGGUUUGGAGGUCUAGGUCUCAUGAGAAUUGUCAGGGGAAUGCAGAGAUUGAUUCGUGCUGAACAGAGCAUAGCCGGCUGGAAGAAUAAAUCACUUACCCGUGGAAUUGGUGUGACUGCUCCCAAGGCCAGAACACGUGACAAACUGAAACCUGUGAAUCUCUAAUUUGGGUAAAAAUAAGAGGAUAAAAAGUGUCUCCUUGGGUUCUCAGUGAAGAGGGUAAGUAUGACUCGGAUUGUAGUGCAGCGAGGUUCUUCCGGUUCAUCAUCAUCAUCAUCGUCUUCAUCAUCAUCCAACCAAAACAGAUCAUCAACAUCACCACCUACUCCAUUGUCUUCUUUGGCUCCUCUGCAGUCACAAGCUUCUCUGCAGUCACAAGCUUCUCCACAGUCACAAGCUACUGGCACUUCUUCGCAGUCACAAGCAACAGUGAAGGAUGAAAAUUCGGUAGAAGUGCAAGAUCAGAAUGUACUGGAUGAUUUGUCAGAUCAUUGUGCUGUUUCAGACAACAAAAGUGAGGAUCCUUCUCCUGGAGGUUUGAACAGCAACCUGCAAGAUGAAAAAUUGGUAGAGGAUGAGAUAGUGCAUAAUGAUGACAGUGUAGGUCCCGGAGAUUUGGUUAAAGGGGUAGUAGGGAUGUCGAUGGAGGGGGAAACUGAUGCAAUGGUUGGAAGUUCUAUCCAGAAGAUCCCUGGAAGUUCAUAUCCACCACCACCACCUCCAAUGCCUUCCUCAGUGAACUCGACUUUUAGGAGAUCUCCAUCUGCGGACCCAGUUGCAAUUAGAAUAGGCCCAUCCAGGAGACCUGCAGCCUUGCCUGGUGUAUCGAUCAGAUCACCGCCAACUGAAUCUCGCCCAUCUUCACCUCGGUCUCAUUGCGAAGGUGAAGGAUAUAACAGUGCUGAUGAGCAAAGCCAGAGCUUUUGUUUGGGCUAUGAUGAUGCAGAAAAAGAACGCCAAUUUGUGAUUGAUUUAAGGCGAGUGAAAGGCUUGGAAGUGAAAAAAAUGUUAGAGGAUGGGAACUGUCUUUUUCGUGCUGUUGCAGAUCAAGUAUAUGGUGAUUCAGAUCUAUAUGAUUCGGUUAGACAGAUGUGCAUUGACUAUAUGGUAAUGGUUGUGAUUCUUCGUAAUUUGGGGUUUGUUCUUUUUGUUUUGAAGGUCUAUGGAAAUAAUGUGGAGAUUCAGGUUUUAGCAGAAAUGUACAACCGGCCUAUACAUAUCUAUUCCUACAGCACAGAACCUAUAAAUAUAUUCCACCGAAAUUACCAGACCGACGAGCCCCCAAUUCUGCUAAGCUACCACCGUGGAAAUCACUACAAUUCUCUUGUUGAUCCACUUAGGCGGACCAUUGGUGCUGGGCUUGGAUAUAGUUCCCUUCGAGGGACGGACAUUGAUGCGGGUAAGAUAAAGGCAGCAAUCAAAGCUCAACAGGAUCAACAAAUUGAUAAUGCACUUCUUGCUGAGGGACGCUUCUACUCGGACAUUGAGCUGACUGAGAGGGAAAUGGAACGCACGGUGAUGGAAGCUUCAAGGGCAGAGUAUCUAGCCAGUAAUAUGUUCAAGCAACAAGUCGGUCCUAUGGGGUCCUCGACUUCUGGAGCCGAACCCUCAUCCUCUGCAGCAAGAGCAUCCGGAAGUGUCUCCAGGCAGGAGGGAGAGCGGGAUCAGGGGUCCAGCCCAGGCCUGAGCAGCAGCAGCAUGCAGGUGCUGCUAUCUAUGGGGUUCAGCUAUCUGCAGGUGGUCGAGGCGUUUAGCAUUUUUGGAGACGACGUCGAUUCCAUGGCCUGUUACCUGAUUGAAACGAGCAGUAGUGGCAGAAAUAAAGGCAAAGCAACCGAGAAAUAAGAAUGAUGCAGCAGAGCUUUAGUCAGACUCUUUAAUCUCAUUUGCCAACAGCUUGUGGAAUUUUGAACUUGCUCUGCUUUUUUUGGUUGUUUUCAAUAUGAGAAAUACUCGAACCACAAAAUGGGAAUCUGCUAUGCUUAUCUUCCUUUAGCCA